CUUUCCUUGUCCCCUUCCCUUUCCCUGGGAAAAGUGUCCUUUGUCUUCUUUUUUCCCUGUGCAGGCCUGGUGAAGACUGGGGAGAAGACCCAGACCCUACCUGGAAUCAUCACCUAUCGUGCUUUGAUAGUGCCAUAUUUUGAAUACAGAACAGCUUGGCUUCUAACAACUUAAAAGGCCUACCAAUUUGGGCACUCCCUGCCUCAUGAAAGUGGAAGGAGCAGGAGGUUGUCUUUCAGCCCUGAUGGGGGCUGCGAUGGAGCCCGGAUUGAAGAUGGAAGUCCAAGACUCAGCUGGUCUGCAAGCAGAAAGAGACCCUGAUGCCAUUCUGGCUGAGAGACAGGGGGGAUUCUGGAGGAAAAAUGCCCAGGAGAUCCUGGGUGAGGAAGACAUCUUUAGCUUGGAUGUAAAGUGCCAACGCUUCAGACACUUUUGCUACCAGGAGGAGAAGGGACCCCGAGCGGUUUGCAACCGACUCCGUGAAUUUUGCCAUCAGUGGCUGGUGCCAGAGCGACAUACAAAAAAUCAGAUCCUGGACUUGGUGGUCUUAGAGCAAUUUCUGACUAUCCUUCCCCCGGAGAUGGAGACCUGGGUGAGGGAAUGCGGGCCGGAGACCAGUUCCCAGGCAGUGGCCCUGGCUGAAGGGUUCCUCUUGAGCCAGGCGGAGGACAAGAAGCAGAAAGAGGAGCAGGUACGGGGACCGUUAGCCGAACAGGGCACUGAUUUCCUUCAGGCUUUGAAGGCUCCAUCAGGCAUCCGGCAGAGACGACUGUACAGGUGGAUUGUGGAGGAGUCUGACCUAGCGGCCACCUCCCUGGGCAAUGGAGUGACACCAGCGGUCCAGUCUCGGUUGUCGCCUGUUUGCGCUGGAGAGGAAACAGCUGCUGAUUGGGGUCCGGUGACCUUUGAGGAUGUGGCUGUGUAUUUCACCGACGAGGAGUGGGCGCUCCUGGAUCCAGGCCAAAGAGCCCUGCACGUGGAGGUUAUGGAGGAGAAUUGCGGGAAUCUGGCUUCUCUGGGUGAUGGUUGGGAGAGCAAGAAAGAGGGAGAAGUGCAAACAUUAUUGUUGGAAAGGGUCGUGUGCCAAGUAGAGGAAGAGCAGAGCAAGAAAAUGGAAGUUAAAGAGAAGCAGACGAAUGUGUCCUCUGCUCCCCAGGGUGGUGACGUCUGUGAAAUCCCAGUCCAAGAAAAACUACACAAGGGAAAGGAAGGCUGUGAAUGCCUAGUGUGUGGGGAACAUUUCAGUUGUAAAUCCAGCCUUAAAGCCCAUUCAAAGGUGCACAAAGAGGAGAAACCUUUUAAAUGCUCAGACUGCGGGAAGAGCUUCUCUCAGAGGAAAGGCCUAAUUAGACAUCAAAGAAUCCACACAGGGGAGAAACCGUAUACCUGCUUGGAGUGUGGGAAGAGCUUCCGUCAGAGUGCCGCACUGAUUACACACCAGCGCAUUCACACAGGGGAGAAACCCUAUACGUGCUUGGAGUGCGGAAAGAGCUUUUGUCAGAAGACGACGCUAGUUAGACACCAAAGGAUUCACACAGGCGAGAAACCAUACGGUUGCUUGGAAUGCGGAAAGAGUUUUAGUCACCGAUCACAGCUCACUUCCCAUCUAAGAGUUCACACAGGGGAAAAACCAUACAAAUGCCUAGAAUGUGGGAAGAGCUUCAGCCAAAAUACAAACCUUACUUUACAUCAAAGAACUCACACUGGGGAGAAACCAUUUAGAUGCUUGGAGUGUGGAAGGAGCUUCAGUCAUAGCUCAACCCUUAUGGCACAUCAAAGAACCCACACGGGGGAGAAACCCUUUACAUGUUUAGAGUGUGGACAGAGUUUUGCUCAGAAUGCAAGCCUUAUUUUCCAUCAAAGAACUCACACGGGGGAGAAACCAUACACAUGUCCAGAGUGUGGAAAGAGCUUUAGUACAAGUACAAGCCUUACUUCACAUCGACGAAUCCACACGGGGGAGAAACCAUAUACUUGCUCUGAGUGUGGGAAGAGUUUUUGUACUAGCACAAACCUUGUUACACAUCAGAGAAUCCAUACGGGCGAGAAACCUUUCAAAUGCUCAGAGUGCGGUGAAAACUUCCGCAAAAAAGCCCACCUCCUUCGACAUCACAUGACGCACACUGGAGAGAAACCAUACAAGUGCUUGGACUGUGGGAAGAGCUUUAGCGAGAAAAGAAACCUCAUUUCUCAUCAAAGGAUCCAUGCAGAGUAUUGGAAUCAGGAACCCCGAAGCAGUAAUUGGAUUCCUCACUCUCUGGAUUCGGAGUGUGUCCCCAUUUCCCAGGACUCCACUUCUUUCCAGAACCCUCUCAGUCAUAAUUCAAAUCCAGCAGAAAGUCUGGAGUGUUUUACUAUAUUUCUAAAUGAGUAGACGACAAUUGCUCAAACUUUGAUUGCUUAUAAAUACUUUAGACAGAUAGAAAUUGUAAAUAAUCUCAUGAAUAAAGUAAAGGGUACAUACAACAAAAGGAAUAUGUCUAAAUAAAACAGAUUUAGAAAUGAUAAUUUAAAUAUAAAGAUUAUUGAUGGAGUAAACUCAACAAUAAUCGGACUGACAAAGUUUAACUCUCAUAGAGUGCAAUCCUAUGCAUGUUUAGAUGGAAACAGUUCCCAGCAUGCCCUAGCCAGAUGUGCUGGCUGGCACAUGCUGAGAAUUGUAGGCCUUUUUUCUGUCUUAAACAUAGAAUCAUAGAAUAGCAGAGUUGGAAGGAAUCUACAAGG